AUGCAGUCGGCUACCAGUAAACGGAUGUUGAGCACUCUCGCCUCCAAGCUCCAUCCCCAGCUUCCGCUUUCGCCCCGUGAGAGUCAGCAGUUGCUCUCUCUGCUCACCAGCUCCUUCCGCGCCCACCUCGACCGCGAACAUCCCCUCGGAGCGACUGAGAGCAGCCAGAAAAGGCGAAUCCCGCGGGCAUCGCUUAGUAAUGGUCAGCGCGGGCCCUCGCCCAUCGGCGCGACAGCUUCGUCCUAUGCUUCUGCAACCCAACACAUCGAUUCCAUCUUGAGCAACCCAUUGUUUGCCGUGAAGCCUCGUCGGAGAGGGUCCGAGUCAGCAGCGCUUGAUGUGCUGAGAGACCCGCUUACGUGGUUUGUCAAUGAGAUAGCUGCAGGAUCUGCCAACCUGUCCAAGGCCGCCAUGUGUCUUGAGGUGCUCGAAAAGACCCCGAACCAAAGUCCCUCGCGGAUCAGGGACCAAAAGAGUUUCGCUAUCACACUUGCCGAUUGGCUGAAGACUAGCGGUCUCGACACCUCGAAGCAAUUCGUCGACUUGUGUGUCGCCAAGUCAGGGCAUGGCAGCAGGUUCCUGGACAGGCUGGUGGUCUUGCUGUUAGCUGAAGGCGAGACUACUGCACCAUGGCGCUGGUUCAUCCGAUCGAAUGAACAACGUGUAAAAGAGACCGGGCUCGACACUGCAAAAGUAGUGACCUUCAGACAACAAUUACUCGCAAAGAUGGUGUCUGUAGAAGCCAACACGGACUUGACCAGAGGCCUGGCUUUCUUCAUGCAGGCGUUCCGCAUCGUUGAGAACGCGGGUUACGAAUCAGCUUACAAUAUGCUGAGGUCUGCUGGUGGCCAUCUCGUCAACCGCAUUACCACAAACAUAGACCAACCCCUCAAAGUUGACGCAGAACUAUACCAAUCCUUCUCUUUGUCAUCACAACGCUGGCUGGGAGGCUGGGGCCGUGCAGUCGAAGCCAUGCUCUGGCUACACCACCCUUCACAACGUAGCGCAGCUCCCGGGCUUCGGUUCAUCCAAGACCCUGCUGGUGCAGUUGCACACGUAAAAUCCCAAAGUCGGAGAAACUUCCUCGUGCAGCUAUGUCUAGGAGUCGCGCGGCAGCUCUUGCAAGAACAAAAGUUUGCAGAAGCACAAGCUGUGAUGGCAUUCACCAAAGAGCACUUUGCGGAUGUGGUACUUCCAAAGCAAGUAGCCGUGGAACAGUUGCAUCAGCAAACAUCGGAAACGUGGAAGGUGCGCAAAGAGCGGGAAAACCUACAACUAUUAGACAGCCUGAUCCCAACAUGA